GGCAAUUAGCAGCUCGAGCUACUGCGCAAGCCGUCGCGCCGCUCCGCUCCGAGCCGCUCACUUCGCCACAUUCAAACCGAACUCUUUUUCGAGUCCGCGCUGCGAUCAACAAGUUGCACGCUGCGGUGCAGUCGCCGGUACCAUCGCGAGCCAGACCAGCCCCCAGCCGUCUACGCCACUGAACUACUCGAUCGGCCGAAAGCUAAAAGGGGCGUGUUCGCGUCGCCCCAUGUCGCGCUGUGCCAUGACCAUAUGGGUCUAGGAGUGCUGUGCCUCUGAUUACGCUAUUACGAAGGAUUUUCCGCGCCGAUUCGCCACCAUGGAGGGAUUCCCGGCGCUCAUCGGCCCCAACGACGACUUCAAGGAGCUGUGGGAGACCGACCUGGACCCGACCAUGCAGGAAGUGCUACGUUUGAACGCCUCCGGAGACGUCGAAUGGAGCUACAUGGAGAAGGACAUCCCCGCGGUUAUCAUCCACGACAGACUCAUGACGGAUGCGGCCUUGGGCACCAGACCCAUCAAAACCGAACAUUCGUACAGCUUGGCCUCGGAUGGAGACUCCCUUCCCGAUUCGCCCAUAUCACACAACAAACUAGAAGACAUGGAAGACGAAUGCUUUCCCGCGAUCCCAUUAAACACAGCAUGCGAAAGGCUAACGAACGAAGCGAUAACGAUAAAAGAUGAGCCUUUAAGCGAAACCGACAGCACGCACUCUUCCUGCCCUUCGUCGCCCCAUUCGAGCUUCAUGAACACGAGCGAGCUGCACUUCGACGUGGACAUGAAGAGCACCCAGUCGAUCUUAAAACAGGCCAACAUUAUGAUCAGUUCCCCGCACAACGUCAUACCUCAGAGGAUACAAGUGCCCAAACUAAAUAUUAAGAUCGAACCGGGGACCGGCUUCCACUUGCCGCCGACGCCGCCGUCGUGUAGCAGUAGCGAGGACAGCGAGGACAACGCCACCAUAUCGCAGCCGCCGUCCCCGAACGUGAGGAAGAACGCCGCCAACAGGGUUGUGAUCAACCACCACACGAGCACCCGCCAGCCCAUACACACCCCCCUGAUCAGCAGCCAACCGAAAGGUUCAACGGGGACCCUAAUUCUCACCGAAGAAGAGAAAAGAACGCUGAUCGCGGAAGGUUACCCUGUACCAACAAGACUGCCUCUAACAAAAGCCGAAGAAAAAUCUCUCAAGAAAAUACGGAGGAAAAUCAAAAACAAGAUUUCAGCGCAAGAGAGUCGACGAAAGAAGAAGGAGUACAUGGACCAGCUCGAGCGCAAAGUCGAAGUUCUCGUCUCCGAGAACAACGACUACCGGACCAAGAUCGAGAGCUUGGAGGAUUCGAACAGCAAUUUGUUGAGUCAAUUGCAGAAAUUGCAGGCCAUCGUCGCCCGAACGCACCCGCAAUUAAUCAAGCAGCUGAAGUAAUUGGGAUCGAGUUAGUGAUGACGGGAGUCUAAAGUACAAAAACGAUUAUGUGGUGUUACUAGGAUGUCUUCCAGAGGCGGCAAACACUUUUGUUAUAUUGUAUACAUUCCACAAACCAAAGGUAUGAAUAAUUAUAGUGCGGCUCAAAUAUAAAUAUUUUUAUAACGAUGUUGAUGCAAGAGUGUACUUAAUUAGCUUAUUGUAUAUAAGUCGGGUUCAUGUGCCUUAACGCGCUAUAUGUCAAAAUUGGAUUCUUCUGAGGUUUAUUUUUGUACAUUUUGUGACUCGAGCUGAUACGGGACCAUAACUUAUUUACUUAUCUUGCGUUAAGAUAAUACUUAGAUAAGGUCGCUUUACUUACACCAUCAGACUGACUAUUUAAAUUGAUACCGUUCCAUCGUAGCCUAAAUUAUGUGCAAUUAUUUACAUGUCUGAUCAGAUAAAAGUUGCAUUUAUUUGUAUAUAGUCUAUGUUACUUUUUUCAGAUUCUAUUAUUGUAUUGUUACGCGGAUGGAUAUAUAGAUUUAUUUUGUUAGAUAAUCGAUACGAUCGCACUGCGUCUCUUUGUCAAACUAAGACCAAGCAGUGCUUUAGUUAUUUGCUCUAGAUAAUCAUGGGUUUUAUUAUUUAAGUCUACUACUAGAUAGUCUUGUAAACGUUGCCUCGUCUGUUUUAGGUAUGAGUUGACGGUGUACAUUACUUAGGUGUAAUCUGUUAAAUAUGUUCCAAAAUGUAUUAAUUAAGUGACAUUAUUUUUAGUAACAUUUUUUAUUAAAAAAUGAUUUUAUAUUUAUUGUCUUAAAGGCAUGUGCCUUAUUCAUGCAAUUGUAUGUAAUAAUUCGUUUUAACACAUUAUAUUGUGUGCAAUUUUACUCCUCGUUUUGGGGUAUUUUAGUUUUUGUCAGUUAGUGAUGAAAUCGUCUUGCUUUUAUCGCACUGUGGGUACCAAUAGCGUUUAUUACUGUAACGUUUUGAAUGAAAUAAUAAAAUAAUCAAAAAACA